UGGAAUUUGAUUGGGCUUCAAGGCUGAUUCACUACAUGCUCGGUUUCCAGCUGGACAUAAAGAAGAAGUAUGAGCUGUGGAGUCUCGUUAGUCUUGAAGCCCUAUUUUAAAUGUGGCAAGUUGCGGUUGCGGGUGCGGAAGUUUGCUGAUGCGCGUGGUUGCGGUUUCAAGCGUUAUUAAGCGUUCUGUAUGACUGGUACAAUGUUUGAAAAUUGUUGCGUUUGCGGGAUAUUUGUGACUGGUUGAUUAUAAGAUAUUGCAGCGGUUUAAUAUUAAAUUACUCAUAUCAACAUAUUAUAACAUUAAGAAAAUAUAAAAAACAUACUAUUGUAAUAAAAUAUAAUAAUUAACAAUAUAAUAUGAUUAAUAAAAAUAUUAGGUUUACUUAUAAGAAAAUCAAAUUAGUUGAAAGUUGUAAUUUUAAUAAAAUUUAUUUUGAAGAUUUAUAUUAAAUUUUUUUAAAAAAAUAUUUUAUUUCGUUUUAUAUAUGUGUAUAUCUUUAUAUAUGUGUGUAUAGAAAUGUUUAAAAAUUCUAAUAAAUAGUUAGUUUAAAGUUUCUAUAAAGCAAAUUAUGAUAUUGUUUGUGAAUUUUAAUUAAUAUAUAAAAUAUGUAUAUAUUUUUAUUUAUAAUUUUUCCAUUUUAAAAUUUUACUUUUAAAAUUUUAAAAUAUUUUUGAAAAUAAUUUUAUAUUUAUUUUUCCACCCGCAAUCGCAAACGCUAACUGGAACCAUCUUUUGAUUUUAAGAGGUUCGGAGCGGUUUGGAGCGAUUUGUAUCGGUUUGUAUGAUUGUUUCAAAACGCUGUCAACCGCUACCAACCGCAAAAGUUGUUUUUGCAGGUCGUAGCGGGAAAACCAGCCAGGUACUUAAAAUCAUAAUUUUCUAAAACCAGCCAGGCAAUUCUUUAGUUGGUUUUGACACCCUAUCUUAUUCCUUUCUUAAAAUCAUAAUUUUCUAAGACUAAAAUCCAGAUCAGAACCGCUGUGGAAAUAUUAUAUGAGCUGGGUAAUCUCAAAAAGUCAAGUCAACUAGAUAUGAACAUACGUCAUUUAAUUAUAUAUAUUACGUCUGUGUGCAUGUAUCUAAGUUAAUAAUCUCGUUGAUGAUGGCGGCGCUUCUUCAUCUCAGCACUCUCUUGUCACUCUUAGCCACAAUCCUUUCAAUCGCAGAAAGUAUAAGCAUUGACUGUGGAUCAACGGGAUCCUACGUUGACUCGAACAAUGUAACAUGGGUCGGAGAUAAGGGUUUCGUCACGACCGGCGAGCCCAUGAAGAUUCCAGACGUCAUUACGAAGCCGAUAAACACCCUGCGGUACUUUCCAACUGGCCAAACCAACUGCUACACCAACAUUCCGGUGACAAAACGCCAGAAAACACUCGUGAGGACAAAGUUUUACUACGAAAACUACGAUGGUAACUUUUCCCCGCCAUCUUUCGACUUGGUUUAUGAUGGGAAACACCGUGAUUCUGUUGAAAUCACUGAGUCUUUACUCAACAACGAGGAGACGUUCUAUUACUCGGAGUUGAUAUUUGCUCCGGCGAAUGAGAGUAUUAGCGUAUGCCUCAUCCGUACGUCUCCAUCCGACAACCCGUUUAUAUCGUCCAUCGAGGUUUACAGCUUAGACGUCGGAAUGUAUGCCGAUCUUGGUCCCAGUGAAGGUCUGAUUACCCGACAAAGAACUACUUGCGGGGCCAAAGAGAGUAUAAGCUACCCGUUAGAUCCUUACGGUAGGCCAUGGUACCCGUUAGGCGCCGAUGAUACACUGGCCGAUCUAACGACCUCAGCCCCGUCGAUAGACAUCACAGGGGCGUCAAACAAGCCGCCAGAGGUUGUUAUGUCGAAGGCAUCGUCAUCGCUUGGAGAAAGCAUAAAACUCUCUAACUUGGCGCUCCCCUUAACCGGUCUACCGGUAUAUUUGGCUCUUUACUUCUCGGAGCCUCAGACUCUAGGUCGCACCCAAAAACGGUCAUUCAACGUUUUCUUGGAUGAGACCCAAGUUGGUUCCGGUCCCAUCAUUCCAGUUUUUGGGAAAGCAACUCAAGUUGUUUUGAGAGAUGUAGUGGCCACGUCAGGGUCCCAAAUAGUAUUUCAGUCCACUGGUGACUCGGUUUUGCCACCCAUCAUUAACGGUGUGGAGCUGUUUUCGAUAAGUAACAGCCGGAAUGGUGGAGGUGGAGGUGGAGGCCGAAGCCAAAGCAGCGGUGGUAAUAAUGAUUUUGGAGGUUCGGGAGGAGCUGGACACCCUUCUAUGAUGGCUAUAGGUGGGGCAAAAAACAAUGGAGGAAAGAAGAAGAAAAACAAAUUACCACUCAUUCUUGGAGUUGCGUUCGCCUCUGCGUUUGUAAUUCUCUCAUCAACGUUUGGAGCUAUUUUCUUGAGAAAGCGUCAAAAUGCUAAGCCACAGUCCAAUACCACACCAACUACGUCCACAGAGAAUGGGACAGGCACUGGAAUGUCACCUCUAGUUGAACAGCAAUUUGCUAGUGAUACAGACCACUCUUAUGUUGUUCAAGAUGAUCAUCAUUGACAUUGGUUCCUAGUUGUCAAGAAGCUACAUCCAUGUGUUUUUUAUUCUACUUUUAAAAUGUAUGAUAUUUUUUCUUUAUAAAGAGUACUAGACCAUGACCCGCGCAAAGCGCGGAUUAUUUUAUGAUGAAAAUUUUCACUAAUAACUUAAUAAAUAUUUUGUUAAUUUAAAUUUUCUUUGCAUUUAAAUCAAUGCUUUUAAAUUCGACCCGAAUCCGCAGUUAUAUCGGUUAAUCUGGUGAUUCGAUAAUUCGAUUUAGGUUUUAAAAAUAUCUAUAUUUAUAAAAAUCAUUAUAUCCGAGACUAACCAAUUGAACUAAUGGAUGCCCGAUAUGUUAACAUAUCCAAUUUGAUUUAAAUUACUAUAGUUUCAUAAUUUGUCACCUUUUAAUCCAAAUUUUAAAGUUUAUUGUUUUAUAAUCUUAUUAAAUUAUGACGUGUCUACAAAAUUUUGAUAGAUAAAAUUAAAAAUAUAAAAUAAUUAACACCUAUAAAUGUCUUGAUCAUUUUACUCCAUUUUAUAUAACUUAAUUAAUUUUAUUAUAAUUGUUUUGUGUAAUUUGUCGUGUUAAUCAUUUGUAUUAUAAUCGUUUUAAAUUUUUUGUUAACAAUUAGUAUUAAGCAUUUUUCUGUAGAUAACAUAUAUUUUGAACAUUGUUUCAUAAUUAUUUUUGUUAUUAUAGUUAUUGUACACUGUAUAAUUUUUAUAUAUUUAUGUUUUAUGUAAUGGAUAUUAUUGAAUUGUUAUCUUACUUAAAUAAAUGAUAGAACCAUUAUGUAGUAAAUAUAAAUAAAAUAAUAUGUUAAUUUAAUUGAUUUAUCAUUGAUUGAAAUAUUUUUGUAGUAUUUAAACCUACAAAAGUAAGUUUUAUUUAUUUUCGUUUUUUUAUAAAUUUUUGAAUAUUUUUUUGAAUAUUUAAUUUAUUUAAAUAUUUGGUUAUUAAAAAAAUAAGUUCCAAUAUUUUAUAUUGUUUGGACAUAAGAUUAAUUAUAGUGUUGUUUGGGAAAAUGGAUAGUAGUAUAAAGAAAUGACUAUAUUGUUUGGAAACAUUGAUAGUAGUAUAAGGAAAAGUCUAUUAGUGAUUUAAUGUAGGUUUAACUAUAAAGUAGGAAGAUAUAUUUAAUUUAAAAACUUAUAAAAUAAAUGUUAGGUCCAACACAAUGUUUCUGUUUUAAUAAUAUAGAUUAUUCUGUUUAAUUGUUAUCCGACCAACAAUUGUUAUUAAACUCAUGUUUUCAUCACAUUCUCUUUAAAGAUAUGUGCAUUAUCACUGAUUUCACUGAUCCAAGAUAGUUUUCUAAUAUGUUCUAUAUACACGAAUAUGGACCAUGAGAGUUCCAAACCGGAUACAUCAUGAUAUUAAAAUUAAUUGUUAUACAUGGAUGUUGUAGUACAUAUGGAAAAGAAGGAAGUAGGUAAUGCAUGCCGGAGUUGGUCAAACUUUUUUUUAAUUUAAAUAUAUAUAUAUAUAUAUAAUAUAUAUCAUUAAUUAUUAUAAGAAAGUUGGCAGUUACAUCUUGUUAAAACAUAUAGUCAUACACAUUGCAAAAAGAAAGAGUUUGAAGCAACAAGUAAAUAAUUUGAAAACUUAUUAUAAACCCUGAUGUAGUUCAAGCUAGGAAGCUGAACUAUAAAGUCAUCACAGAAGCUUUAGCCAUAGCCCACGUCGACCACGCUUUCCAUUUACGUGUCUUCCUCUACCCUUAGCUUUGUAGCUGGCUGCUAUCUCAGUUGCCUUACAUGCAUAUUGUAACAACCCACUUCCGAAGAUUUUUAAUUUCAAAAAAAUGGAUCAAGAGCGAUUUUUCUACAAAUGAAUUAUUUCUCUAAAUGUGGAAACACUUGAUUUCUUAUAUCGAGUUGAAACAAAUGUGGUCUAAGCCUCUAAAGAAGUAUUCGAUUAGAGAGGAAAAAUCAGAACAUUGACUUUCUCUGAACGGGUGGUUAUUGUCUUGCGUCUUGCUGGCUUGCUGCUCGCAUUAGCGUCAAACCAACGAAGAUUACAAAGCGGUCAAGUUGUUGUUGUUUAUUUCUUUGUGUGUCAAAUAAAACCUCAAAUUGUGUGCAAUAACUGUAUCAGUGUCAAAAAGUCAAAACCGUGUUUGCUAUAUAGUAUCGUAACUGGAAAUUAUUCGAUACACUAAUUAAUUUGCAACUUGCUGAUAAAAGAGACUAACUUGCCGGUCACUAAGUGAUUAGAAUUAAAUAAAUCGACAACCACGAAAUGUUUAUUUGGCCAGUCAAACAAACAGGGUAGAGGGAGCUCAUGAAAACCCUAAAAUUGAUUACUAAAAGAAACAACAACAAUGCAUAUUCCUGACACUGUAGCAUGAGUUUGAAAAGGUCAAGAUUAAAAUGCACAUAAUGUAGGAAUAUCCUGUACUUGCCGGUUGUUGAUAAAAUUAUUAUUUCUCGGCUGGAUAAUAAAAAUGUCAAAGCUAUAAAAUGUUUUCAUGUUCGAUUCCAACUUGGUUUUAAGAUACUAAUAGACAGCUAAAUUCUGCAGAUAUGUCAUAUAUAAAAAGAUGCGUGCACAGAUGUUGUAUAGAGAGCAUUAGUUGAAAAAUUUGCUCCCACCAUGGCUACUGAUUCUCUUUUUCUUCUCUUUUUUCUUUCCAUCAUAACCCUCUCUCAAGCGAGUGUAAACAUAGACUGUGGAACGUCAUCAUCGAGCCUAGACGCUAACAACAUAAAAUGGGUCGGGGACAAAGACUUCAUCACAUCCGGAGAAUCGGCCACGGUUUCCUCCACAACCGUAGAGAAAUCCCUCACCACACUCCGGUGCUUCCCAACCGGUGAAUCCAACUGCUAUAACAUUCCGGUAACAAAAGGGGGAAGGGUUCUAGUGCGCACGAUGUUUUACUAUGGGAACUACGACGGGAAGGCUUCAUCCCCAACCUUCAGUGUAGUGUUCGAAGGGAAACACCGAGGCACCGUAUCGAUAUCUUCGGCAUUCGAGCCUUACACUUUGGAACUGAUAUUUGCUCCAGCCAGCGGAGAGACAAGCGUAUGUUUUGUGCGCACCUCUUCGUCAUCAAACCCGUUUGUAUCAUCCAUUGAAGUUGCUGACUUGGCCGAUGGCAUGUAUGACGAGCUUGGUCCCGGUGAAGGUUUAUUUUACCAACAACGAGUUGCGUAUGGGACAACAGAAACUAUAAGGUAAUUAACAUUAUCCAACUACUUCUAUAACUAACAUAAAUAGUGUUGAGUUUCAGGAUCAAUGAGUAAAUUGGCAUAUAUCCUCCAGUAAUACCCUUUAUUUUUCUAAUUCUUAAUGUAGACUUCUGAAAAAUACCUUUCAAUUAUAUUUUCUUUUAGUUUUGUGUUCAUGGUUAAAAGUGUUCUAUUUAUUUACCAACAAAGUGUUUUAUUUCAAAUGAAAUGAUAGUAACUUCCGUUUUAAUCACAAAAUGUUUGUAUAUUGUAAAUGUAUAUGGAAAAAGAAACCAUUUGAAAAACAAAUGUUGAUAAGAAAACGAAAAAAUUGAAAAAAUAACUUUUAGCGUGAGAUUUUUAGAGUCUCUUGUUGUGUGAGUGAAGAACAAACCCUUUAGGAAGAAAUGAGUCUUGAAUUGAUGAAAGGGAGAAUCUGAUGAAAUAUAGUGUAAGUGAUGUAGAAACAAGAGAUUAAAGAGAUUAGAGAGAUUCAGAGUAUUAGAGAUUGAGAGAUUAAGUAACCACGAUUAGAGUUUCAUAACCAAGAACACUUUAUAUUAUGAAGGAGAAAUGAAACUCCCCCUAACUCACUUAAGUUAGAAUCUGUGUACAAUGAGAGCUUUUAUAGCCAAAUACAUAAGACAAUAAACAUUAAAGAAAUAGGAAGAGGACAAAGAGAUAAGGCUCCAGCAGCUCUUAAGAGAUACGGUUCCAACAACUCUAUUUUGAAUUUUGAACUUUGAACUUUUGGACUUUAGUGAACAGUGCUGAAUCCCUACAACACCAAAAUGUUCAAUGCAGGUUUCUCAAAUUGCCCACUUUGAUGAAGUAUGAGAUAUGUCUUUUUCCUUAAACACUGUUCUUUUUCCUACAACAUCAAAGUGCUCAAUAUAGCUUUCUUGAAGUGCUCACUUCAAUGUUGUAGGUAAAUCUAUUUUCCAUUUCUCUUUUGCUCUCUUUGUCUUUGAUUCUUCCUUCUUCAUUUUCUUCAAGUUAACACUCCCCCUCAAGUUUGACCAUACGAGAUCUUUGAGAAAGCUUGGAAUCUUGAAGAAUUCCCUCACUAAAAACCUCAUCAACGAAAACCCUUUGGGACAAAACUUUGAUGAAAGAAAACGAGUAGAGCCUCAAAGACCUAGGGAUUGGACAGUGGGUCUUUGUGUCUUAGUAUCAAUGUUAUGGACACAAAGACCUUGGAUCAUGGCCUCUUCACGUGAUGCAAUGUUGAUUUUCAAUUCAUUGCACAUCACCAACUCUUUUUGGAUCUCAUCUUGAAACCGGCUUGUGUCUUCCCUUCUCUCAUGGCUUCUUUCCAUCUCUAUCAGGUAAGAACACGCCCUAGAUCCUUCUCAUUGAGUCUAAGUAAGGUACCUGAUACAUGAUUCCACAAGUGUAUCAGUUCAUCAAGAGAUAAACCUAUCAUGUAUGUAUAAAGAGAUAAGAUCAUGUUUACUCCCUUGUUUAAAUGGUGAGGAGUGUCUGCUCUGAACUAGCCAAUUGAAUCCCUGAACUUGCUGAUCCUAACAGAUCCUCCUCUUAUCACACAAGCUCACUAACAUUCCCCCUCAAGCUUGAGACCGAGUAUAUGGAAGGUCUAAGCUUGAUAAUGAGCGCUUGCUUGCUUCAUGCUUGCUUUUUGGUGAGGAGUGUCAAUUCUUCUUUAGUCUUGACACUUAAACCCCUCACUGAAUAUAUCACUCAAUCUUCUUGUUGAGUGACUUUCAUCUUCCCUCAAACAUGAGAUUCUCUCGGAUCAUAGCUGCUCAUCUACACUCCCCCUCAAGCUUGGGACUGAGUAUAAACAAAGACCAAGCUUGAUGGUGAGCACUUGGAAGCUUCUUGAUCCGGCUAGUGAGGAGUGUAAAUCUUCUUCAGCCUUGACACUUGAAUUCCCCACUUAAUACACCAAUGAACCAGCCUUCAAUCGACACCAACCCUAGUUUAAUAGAUUCCUCAGCCACUUCUUCAAUCACCCCAUAUAAGAGGCAGUCUUGAUGAGUGGCCUUCUUCUUCAAACAACCGGCUGGGAAACGGUAUGAAUAGAUUGCAAUGGCACUAAGGAACUGGUCAUUGCGCAUCCAAGAGGUCUUGAUGGUAGCUCACUGAAUCCCCUCCUCAAGAUUGGAUGAGUAUGAGUCCGAGCUUGAUGUGAGCUUCAAUGAAUUUUGAAACCGGGAGCACAACAGCUUAAGAUUUGCGCUUAAGCCCUCGAUUCACCACCUUGCCUUCAGCUUCAAUCCCUUUACUUCUUUAGAAGCUUUCCAUUCUUCUUUCAGUGUGCUAACUCCCUCUCUACACUCAUGAAUAUACACAUCUUGUGUAGACUCUGAAAUGUAGGCAAUAUGGAUACCAAAAUCCACGGGUAGCUGUCACCAACUUUUCUUCUCUUCAAUGUGUGUACUCUCCUCUCUAUGCUCAGGAAUAUACGUUUUUUUAUAGGUUCUGAUGCAUAGGCUGUGGCAACUCAUCCACGAAGAUACAGCAUUAAAGAGAGCAACUCUCCAAGAUUCAAGAAUAUACAUCUUGUGUAGGCUCUGAACAACAUGGGAAAAAUUUUCCUCUUUGCCUUGGUUUGAUGAUGAAAAAUUAACAUCUCUUGUGAACCUGAAACAUCACUCAAACUCCAGAAAAGAUAAGACACGAGCAUUGGGAUCCUUGACUAAUCAUCAAGUUUGAUCACCAAUGUCACAAGCAUUGCAAUAGACAUAAUCAAGUCAUGAUUAAGUUCUAAUCUUUGCAAGCAACUUUCUCUAAACACUAAGCAUGAUCUGAUCAUGAUUCAAUAUAAAGCAUUUAAGCAACCACACUGCCUUAACCACAUCUUAGACUUAAGUCUAAAUGUAUCAACCCUAAAGGCAGCAACAAGAUGAAAAUAUGCAAUAACCUUAAUCAGUUUUUAAUUCAUGAAUGCAACAUGAUUAGACAAAGCAAUCUAUCAUCCUAACAACCAUUCAUUUAGAACUGAGGCAAAGCAAUAUAAUCAUCAAUCAACACCAUACAACGCAAUACCUUAAUAAGAUUCAAUCAAUGAAUGCUAACAGGAUUAAGAUACAUCUAACAUCCUAACACAAUCAUUAUAGAACCGGGGCAAGCAUUUUAUUUCUCAAACAUCAAACAAGACUCUUAGAGCAUCCUGGUAUAGAACUAGACAAUAUAAUAUAGUAUUUUAUAUCACAGUAUCCACAGAUUGAAUCACAGCACAACAAAUACAAUCACAAGCUCAUAUCAAGAAGGUUUGGAUUAGCUUACAACCAAGGACCCUGAGCUGGUUCCUUUAGCCUCUUUGGUAACAUGCCACAAAUCUAGUGAAUAAGAGAGCUUGAUCGUCACCUAGCACUUUCUCCUUGUGUUCAUAAUCUCCUCCUUGACACCACAACACAAAAGGUUCCACCUUUCUUCACAGCUCCAAGUCUCCAAGUUCAGGAACAAGAUCAAAGCUUUCUUCUUGAAGGGUUUCAGCUUGGAACAGAAUUGAGACACGCCUUUAAUGGACUGGAGAGAGGAGGAACGACCAGGAGACACCACCAUAGCUUCAAACACCUUCUUCUUGAAAAGAGAGAACCGGCUGGACAUCUUCAAUGGUUUGGAUCUGUGAUGGGGAUAGACUUGUGAUGUAUAUGCGGAAGCUGGAACCAAGUUCGAACCUGGCUCUGAUAACAUGUGAGAUUUUUAGAGUCUCUUGUUGUGUGAGUGAAGAACAAACCCUUUAGGGUGAAAUGAGUAUUGAACUGAUGAAAGGGAGAAACUGAUGAAAGAGAGUGUAAGUGAUUUAGAAACAAGAGAUUAAAGAUAUUAAAGAGAUUGAGAGUAUAAGAGAUUGAGAGAUUAAGUAACCAAUAUUAGAGUUUCAUAACCAAGAACACUUUAGAUUAUGAAGGAAAAGGGAAACUCCUCCUAGCUCACUUAAGUUAGAAUUUGUGUACAAUGAGGGCUUUUAUAGCCAAAUACAUAAGACAAUAAACACUAAAGAAAUAGGAAGAGGACAAAGAGAUAAGGCUCCAACAGCUCUAAAGAGAUAAGGUUCCAACAGCUCUAUUUUGAUUUUUGAACUUUGAACUUUUGGAUUGUAGUGAACAGUGCUCACGAAUCUCUACAACACCAAAAUGCUCAAUGCAGGUUUCUCAAAUCGCCCACUUUGAUACCGUAUGUGAUAUGUCUUUUUCCUCAAACACUAUUCUUUUCCCUACAACAUCAAAGUGCUCAAUAUAGCUUUCUUAAAGUGUUCACUUCGAUGUUGUAGGUAAAUAUGUUUUCUAUUUCUAUUUUGCUCUCUUUGUCUUUGAUUCUUCCUUCAUUUUAUUCAAGUUAACAUUUAGUACCUAAACAAAACACAUAUACCCCAAAUUAAAAGAACAAUCAAGACCAUAAUCUCAUUAACCAUAAAAUAUGUAAAGUGGCUCGGAUUAAACCUAUACUUACAAGUUAAUAGCUUCUUGGGUUUGUCUAUAUAAGAAUAAUGUUUUCAUUUUCUUUUAGAUCGGAUCUUUACGGUAGGUUCUGGCUGCCUUCCGAGAUAAACAUAUUGUUGAGAUUUGAACUUUUGGAGAUAAACAUAUUGUCUCUUAUUCGUGAGAUAAACAUAUUGUCUCUUAUUCUGGCUGCCUUCCGAGAUAAGGUUCCAACAGCUCUAUUUUGAAUUUUGAACUUUGAACUUUUGGAUUGUAGUGAACAGUGCUCACGAAUCUCUACAACACCAAAAUGCUCAAUGCAGGUUUCUCAAAUCGCCCACUUUGAUACCGUAUGUGAUAUGUCUUUUUCCUCAAACACUAUUCUUUUCCCUACAACAUCAAAAUGCUCAAUAUAGCUUUCUUAAAGUGUUCACUUCGAUGUUGUAGGUAAAUCUGUUUUCUAUUUCUAUUUUGCUCUCUUUGUCUUUGAUUCUUCCUUCAUUUUAUUCAAGUUAACAUUUAGUACCUAAACAAAACACAUAUACCCCAAAUUAAAAGAACAAUCAAGACCAUAAUCUCAUUAACCAUAAAAUAUCUAAAGUGGCUCGGAUUAAACCUAUACUUACAAGUUAAUAGCUUCUUGGGUUUGUCUAUAUAAGAAUAAUUUUUUCAUUUUCUUUUAGAUCGGAUCUUUACGGUAGGUUCUGGCUGCCUUCCGAGAUAAACAUAUUGUUGACAGGAGUACCAUCAUCAGCUGCAUCUAUCGAUACCUCUGAUGCAUCAAACAAGCCGCCUUAGUCCAUUCUUCGUAACUCUUGGAAUGGGAAAAGCUUAACACUAUUCGACGCCACUCUUCCUACGGGAGGAGUUCCUGUUUACUUGGCUAUGUAUUUCUCGGAGCCACUCGAAAUGAGUGUACGAUCGUUCAACAUUUUUUUGGCAGUAAGAAAGUUGGUACGGGUCCAAUUGUGCCAGUGUAUGGAAAAGCUACCCAAGUGGUAGUGAGAGACGUCAUGGCCAGCUCGAGCUCCCAGCUAGUGUUCCAGUCCACAGCUAGUGCACUUUUACCUCCCAUGAUAAAUGCGUUGGAGCUCUACGUGAUAAGUUCUGGUACAAGUGGAGAUGGAAGCGGUAAUGGAAGUGGAAGCGGAUCAGGAGCAGGUGGAGGUGGUGGGGAGGUGGAGGAGGCGGAUCUGGGAGUGGCAGACCUGCAGGUUUUUUUUAAUGAAUUUUUCAGUGAUUAGUCUUGGUUACGGAGUAAAAUCUCAAAUUAUCAAAAAUGCCUUAUAUAUAGAUUUAAUAUAUAACUUUUUUUAACUUUUUCUUAAGGCUCUGGUGGGACUGGAAAAGGGGGAGGAAGCAAUGAAGGGAGCUCAGGUUUGUAAUUCGAGUUUUCUUUCCGUUCUAGCUUGCGAUCUUGAUGGGUUUUUUAGUUUGAUGAAAGUAAGCCAUAUAUACAGGAGAUAUCUUUAUGCGUUUAUAGAUCAUAAAUGAAGAAAUGCAAGUAAAAAGCAGUACAUUCUGAUAUCGAUGUAGGUGGGUCAACCAAUGAAGAAAAGAAAAGUAAACUGCCAAUUAUAGUCGGUGUGGUAUCUGCGGUAGUGUUUGUUAUUAUUGUAUAUGUUAUCGUUGCUAUUUUCUUGGCGAAACGUCGCAAAGGAAGGCUGCAAGGACUAACAUUGCCAACGUCUACAGUUUCUCAAACAGGUACUGGACCAUCCCCUCUAUUUGGACAACAGACGGGGAAUGAAGCGAACCAGUCUACAAAUGAGGCAGACAUGGGAGAUAUCGACGACCUGAUUGGAGUGAACCAGUCGUAUGUAACGCAACAACAUUGAACUUCUGUUUGAUAUAAAUAUUUUUUACCUUCAAUAGUUCAAUUUUAUGGCUUUCCAAUGACUUUUCAUUUUCCUUCUAAAUUGUGAGAUGUUUUUUGUUCUUUAUGGUGUUUUUUUAUAAAGUUGUUCUUUACGGUUAAUCACAUUCAAUUAUUUAUGGGAAAUUACUUUUUGUAUGCAAAAAACACAUUAUAGUUCACUAACUAACCAAACAAAAAUUAUCCCCUAUCAUUUCUACAAUAUAUACCAUAUUGACCUUUAUAUUUAUUUCUUUACUUUUUUAGUUUUUGCUCAUUUUUAUUCCCUUCAAUCUUAUUUCCUAGAUAGUCUUUAAAGUAUAUAAAUACAUCUAUUUUCAAAUUCAACUGCAAAAACUUAAUCUUCUAAUACAUAUAACAUGACUUGAAUUUUUUAAAUCAUAUACUUUUUCAAAAAAAUAUAGAAUUUAUUUUUGUCAUACUAUAUAGAACAUACUCUUAUUCUAUACCAUCCUUGAUUUUUCUCAAUAAUAAUAUAACUUUUUGGAAAAAUUGUCAAAUAUGAUUCACAACUUGAUUUCAAAUGCAAAAGUAAACCCAAACUUGAAUCAAAUGCAAAAGUAACCUAAAAGGCUAUUGAAAUUACAACCAGCCCCUUGUGAACAAACAAAAAAAACCGAAAUUUUUUUACGUUUCUAACCCCUGUAAGUCGUCUGUCCAUAUGACUUUCCAGAAAGUCGUCCUAGUAUAAUUCUACUUAGAAAUAAUUUAAAAUUUUUGUAAAAAAUAUUUUGAUAAGUGAAAAAUUGAAAUCAUGUAAUUAACAUAUGUUUUAAGAGAUAUAAAUUAAGAUAUUACAAAAGUUAAUUGUUUUAAAUAUAGAUGAGUGAAAGUAGUGAGUCAUGAUAUUGUAUGGUUUAGGUUUUGCCAACAUAUGUUGUAGUAUUGUAUGUGUUCUUAGGGUUAGAUUUUGGAAUGAAUAAAUGUUUUUUUGAAAACUUUAAAAUUUACCUAAGUUUGUUUAUUUCUGUGUAUAUUAAAAACUCCUUAAGUAUAACUACGGCUUUAUAACGUGGUUAGUUAGUUAAUUUAGUCAAUUUAGUUUAGGGGUUAAAUUUAGGGUCUGGGACGACUUACUAGUAAGUCGUCUGAUGUACAAUAUUCAACAGACGACUUAAACCGGACCGAACCUUUAAUUUUACAAUGUACUUUUAAACCUAACCGGAUUAUUUACCGGACAUACAUAAGGUGUUUUUUUUAUUCACUUUUUCGUGAAAUUCAGAAAACCCUAACGCCGUUUCUCUCAAAGGCGAUUUCGAAGGCGAUUUCCGUCGAUUCUCUCUAAUCCAUCGUUCUCACCGCCGGUUAUCUCUCCGCCGUUAUCACCGUCGUUCUCACCACCGUUCUCACAGCCGCUUCCUCUAUUUAAGAUCUGAGAGGAAACUCUAGCGCGCAUUCUGUCAGAGGCAUCUCGUUGAACUCCACCGCCGGUAAGUUAUAUCGCUUACUGUCGAGUGAUUGAUUGAGGAAAAGAUGAACAUAAAACGUUGUCUUUAAAAUGUUCUACUGGAAGUCUUGGAAGACUUAUAAUUAAGUCGUCUGGAAAGUCUUCCAGCUGGAAGACUUUCCAGACGACUUAAUUAUAAGUCUUUCAGCUGGAAAACUUGCCAGACGACUUAAUUAUAAGUCUUUGAUUGUUUUGAGAUGGUUGUCUUUGAUUGUUUUGCAGGCAAAAAAAAAAUGGAUAUAACAGAACUCCCCGUUAGGAUACAUACAUUAGAGGAAGAGUGUAGCAUCCCCAUCCCGCAGUCUGAACUGGAUCAGUCCAAGGUUGGACUAAUCAGACCGGAUAGACAUGUUGGACAUUACAUCUGGAUAGUACUGGUCAGGUUAAGACGAUACUAUCUGUCCGAACUUGUCAUCUGGAUGGAUUCAGAUAAGGCAGCUGGACUUGUCAUCUGAGAUCAGUUAGUCAAUGUGUGGACUGACUGGUAUACGUUCUGGCGGGAACGGAUACAGAGCUAAACAUGAACUGAUUAGCCAAGGAAAAUGGCGCGAACGGUCACUGGCGGUUACCGGAAUGGUUACUAAGCAGUUCCGGAACAGUUACCUGAACGGUUACCGAGAGCGGUUACUGAGCGGUUACCGGAGCGGAUAAUAAGCAGUUAGCGAAGCAGUCAUAAGGCGGGUCUGAGUGGUUGCCGGACCACUUAACUGACGGAGACGGUUUAUGGGUUCGGGAACUGCUAAGGUAGUUACGGAACCGAGAAAGAAACUGCUCGAGGGCAGUUUACGAAUUAAAUGGGUGCGGGAGCGGUUAUGUCGGGAAGGAAAACCGCCCAUCUGUUUCCCUUAAGUGGGAUUUCGCGGAUCAGAGAGAGGAACACGGUUCUGACACAGAAAACAGAGAAAGAAAGAGAGAAACCGGGACGAGAGAGAGAGAAUUACCGAGACAGGCUGAUUCUGAUCGGAAAGAGAGAUGGCUGGAAGGCUGAUCGGAGUUUCAGUUAGCAGUCAUACGUCUGUCUAUUUCACUGUGACUCCGUCUGAAUAGAUCACGAUCGGAUCGCGACUGGGAUACAGAGAAAUGAACAGAGAGAGAAAACGGAUAGAGAGAGAGAGACUGAGUUCGCGGAGAAGGACCGAUCGGGUUCUAACCCAACCGUCGGAGAGCAAUGGUGCUUGUGCGGCUUAGUCUGAGUCGUAAAAGGUGAGCCGCGUACUGAGCAAUGGAUUACGAUGGUUCGAGGUGUAUAUACUGGUGGAUACAACGGUUACUGUCCGUAGGACCGUGCGUAAGCCUCGAGAAAGGGACUAUUGGCUUAGUCUCUGUGACUUGAGCCGUGUACUGGUUGUGCGUGUGGUGUGUUCUGGAUGAAUCGAUUGGUAUCAAGUCAUCUACAUCCUGUUGCGGACUGAGUGUUGGUUGGAUCGAGAAGAGUCUUGAUCUGUACGUGUGCUGGAUGCUGGAGGAUGGCUUUGGAUCCGAGUAUGUACUGACUGAUUGAGAUGCAAUCAUAGACUGGCCGGGAGCGCUAGCAAGGCUGGCGAACUGUCUGUUCUGGAUGGCUGGUUGGAUACCAAGCCGUCUCUCCUGUUUACUUGGUCAUGUGGGGAUGGUUGGCUGAGUGACUAAGGAACAAGGGGAUUCAGUUAAGUAUCUGAUCGAACUGGCUGGAUAAGACGGAUGGGAGGCAGGAUGACAUCAAGGAAGGAUGUAUGGAUGGAUUAUCAGAUAACAAAGCACGGGGCAGUAAGGUACAUGUUUUAUUAUGCUAUGAUUACUAGUAGACUGCUAAGUUGUCGGAUUAGACUUAGGGAACCCUGUGUACUGAACUGAACCUCAUAGAGGAAAACUGGAUAAAAAUCUAAGUUAAGAGAAUAAUUCGGAUAUGGCCAGUUUGGUCGAGGGAAGCGAACUGAGGACGAACCGCCGGUAAGGGAAACCGGGUCGGGGCUUCACAAGUGGUAUCAGAGCGAUUACGGUUCUAGGACAGAUUUGGAAGGAUUAUUCAAGAUUUGUCUAGACCGAACGGACAUGGAAAAUGCUAAGCGCGAGCAUUGGAGAACUGAUGAGAAACUUGAUCUUGGGAGUGAUCAAGUCGGACUUACACUUUGUAUGGGCAAAUGUAAGUUAGAAGUCUAACUGUAAAGAAACCGGAGAUAAGAUCAUUGAUGAAUGAUUGGAUUGGUUGAAUGAAGUCUGGGUUAAGAUCAUUUGGAGAAUGAUCGGAUUGCUUAAGGUGUUCUGGAUUACUCGAGAGAGUUAUCCAAUAAAUUUUUCUAAGUGUUGGAAACAACUGAGAGGUUUAUUUAAGUCAAUGGAUCCGGAUUCUGAAGUGAAGAAGCGGGAAAGAUUGACGAAGUGUAUUCUGAAGCUUAAGGAUAAUAAGCUUGCUGGAGUUUGGAUUGAAUCAAGUGGCUCGAGGAAGCCAAGGAUGCUUCGGAGAAGUCUAAGUAAGACAAGGAACUGUCAAGGACAAUGAUGUCGGAUAUGGAGCCAAGGAGCUGAUGAGUUUAACUCUGUAUGGACAAGACGUCCAUAACUGAAUUUGGAAAGAAGAUUUCAGCGGAAAGGUUCAAGGCAGAAUAGCCGAGUGGAUGAGCUGAAGGUUGUGAACGGAAACAGAGUUGGAUAGGUGGUCCGAGGAUUGAGAUGGAAUCUCAAUGAACUGGCUAAUGUGAUAGAUGGAUUGCUAAGAGAUAACCUGAAAGAGUCAGGGAAUCGGAAAAUUGAAUUGGACAAGUCGUCCAUAGAAGAUAAAGACUAAUGGCUAAGGCACUGAUGCUGGAAUGUGAAGUACAGAGACUUACAUUCGAAUGGAACGUCUGUUGAGAAUUCUUAGACGGAUUCUAAGAUUUUCAAGGUAAUGGACAAGCUGGUCCGAGAAAUUGAAACUGGAGGUUCCAUGGAAGGAUUCGGAAAAAAAAAAAUCUGCGUAAGACUUACACCUAGCAAGUGGCAAGUGUAAGCAAGUCUGGAUAUAAAGAAAUUGACAAUGGAAUUGUCAAGACUGACUAAGCUUGAUUGUCUUAGUAGGUUUGUGCGGUCCGAGAGUUGAGAUCAUCGGAACAAGAGAUUUGGAAGUCAGGUGUACUUGCCAAAGACUUGUUAAGUGAUCAAGAAACUACUCGGAGGUACAAGAUGCUAUUGAAGAUGAGUUGUGGUCAGAGUUUCAAAAGUAGUAAAUGAUCGGUUCCUACCAGGAGCGUCUAGAUCAGACAAUGUACUUAGGGGCUGUGAUGCUUGCUAAGGCUUGCUGGAUUUUUGAUGAUGGCUCGAAAAUUUGGGACGAUCAUUUGAGUUUAGAUUAUUGAUUCCUUUCAUGCGAAAGUCUAGAUCAGUCUAGGUGCUUAUGGCUGAGAUACUCAUUAAGACUUAGCUGGAUUGCUAGACGGUUGCUCGAUGACUUGGAAUGAUAAUGCUAGACUAGACUAAGUGUUUGAUCAACUGGACAAGUGGGAAUACUGAAACAUUAGUGUUAGUGGUGAUGAUAUGCCCCUAGAAACUGAAUGGGUUUGCUAAGGCAUAACUGUACUGAUACUGUCUGUUCUGGCGUCUAUGGAAACCGAGAGUUUCCAAGACGUGACUAUCUGUCAUCGCGUGUACAUCCUGACGUCUGUCGGAACCGGAGAGUUGCCAAGACGUAACUAUAAUCGCGCCGGUGGGAACUAGAAUAGUUCGCCAUCGCGUGUCUGUACUGUAGUCUACGGAAACCCAAUCUGAUGUCUGUGGGAGAUGUACCUUCCAAGACAUAAUUGUACUGUUACUGGAACUCAAGGAGUUCACUACUGUGGGUUUCCGAUCGCGAUGAAAGCAUGGAUGGGAACUAGUGAGAGUUUGCCAUCACAUGUCUGUAGGACGUCUGUGUGUUAGGUACGUAUUGUAUGAACUGAUGUCGUUGGGAACUGUUGAGUUUCCAAGACAUAACUGUAACUGAGUCAAUGGGAACUAGAUGAGUUUGCCAUUUUGAAAUUGUGAACCGGGAAGGACUGAGGGUCCGAAAGGAAAACUGUGCAAGGGAUCAAGUGUAGGAUCCGGUAAGAAAUGUCUGUAAGGAUCAAGAAUGAUCCAGAGGUGUCAAUAAAGAUCAGUAAAGAUCUGAGAAAAGCUGAUGUCGAUCAUAAGUGGUCGGGGACUAGUUAGGAUCAGGGAGUGAUCCGAGGGAAACAAAUGUAAGGAUCAAGAUGAGAUCCAUGCGUUCUGAAAAGAUUAAGUUCCUAGUAUUCGGAGUUUGGCCAUGCUAAGGAACAUUGGAGUGCGAGAAUCAAACAGUCAAGUCAGGAUUGGACUGAGACUGGUUGGAAUUGAGUUCCGGAGGGACUAAAGUUGAGUCAAUAAGUGACUGUGAUCGGGUAAGGUUUAAGCUGGAAAAACUUAACUAAGAUAGUGAGUUAACACUUCGAGAAUUGAGGUAAACUGGUCAUCAAUGUUGGGAGUCUAGCGUUCUUGCCAAAGUGUGUGUCCAAACACCAAGAGAUUGCUCGGAAGUAAGGACUACUAUGCUUAGUGAGUUGGUGCACUGAACCAAGUCUGUUGAGAAAAAGAAAAAGAAAAAAAAGUAAAGAGACCGGAUCGAAUAAUUGAUAUCUGAAAUCAAAUCCAAGCGUGAUUGUGAUCGGGAAGUCUGGAACACAGUAAUGGUCGAGUGACCGAAAACUUGAGCAUUAAGUUAAGGCAUGAGUGCCGUGUGUUGGGAUUCAUUCCAAGUGGUGGAGACUGUUCUGAUUGGGUAGAACAAAGUUCUAUUAACUGCUGAAUCCGAGGUGAAUUCAUUCCAAGUGGGGGAGACUUGUAGCAUCCCCAUCCCGCAGUCUGAACUGGAUCAGUCCAAGGACGGACUAAUCAGACCGGAUAGACAUGUUGGACAUUACAUCUGGAUAGUAGUGGUCAGGUUAACACGAUACUAUCUGUCCGAACUUGUCAUCUGGAUGGAUUCAGAUAAGGCAGCUGGACUUGUCAUCUGAGAUCAGUUAGUCAAUGUGUGGACUGACUGGUAUACAUUCUGGCGGGAACGGAUACAGAGCUAAACAUGAACUGAUUAGCCAAGGAAAAUUGCACGAACGGUCACUGGCGGUUACCGGAACGGUUACUAAGCAGUUCCAGAACAGUUACCUGAACGGUUACCGAGAGCGGUUACUGAGCGGUUACCGGAGCGGUUAAUAAGCAGUUAGCGAAGCAGUCAUAAGGCGGGUCUGAGUGGUUGCCGGACCACUUAACUGACGGAGACGGUUUAUGGGUUCGGGAACUGCUAAGGUAGUUACGGAACCGAGAAAGAAACUGCUCGAGGGCAGUUUACGAAUUAAAUGGGUGCGGGAGCGGUUAUGUCGGGAAGGAAAACCGCCCAUCUGUUUCCCUUAAGUGGGAUUUCGCGGAUCAGAGAGAGGAACAUGGUUCUGACACAGAAAACAGAGAAAGAAAGAGAGAAACCGGGACGAGAGAGAGAGAAUUACCGAGACAGGCUGAUUCUGAUCGGAAAGAGAGAUGGCCGGAAGGCUGAUCGGAGUUUCAGUUAGCAGUCAUUCGUCUGUCUAUUUCACUGUGACUCCGUCUAAACAGAUCACGAUCGGAUCGUGACUGGGAUACAGAGAAACGAUCAGAGAGAGAAAACAGAUCGAGAGAGAGACUGAGUUCGCAGAGAAGGACCGAUCGGGUUCUAACCCAACCGUCAGAGAGCAAUGGUGCUUGUGCGGCUUAGUCUGAGUCGUAAAGGGUGAGCCGCGUACUGAGCAAUGGAUUACGAUGGUUCGAGGUGUAUAUACUGGUGGAUACAACGGUUACUGUCCGCGGGACCGUGCGUAAGCCUCGAGAAAGGGACUAUUGGCUUAGUCUGUGUGACUUGAGCCGUGUACUGGUUGUGCGUGUGGUGUGUUCUGGAUGAAUCGAUUGGUAUCAAGUCAUCUACGUCCUGUUGCGGACUAAGUGUUGGUUGGAUCGAGAAGAGUCGAGAUCUGUACGUGUGCUGGAUGCUGGAGGAUGGCUUUGGAGCCGAGUAUGUACUGACUGAUUGAGAUGCGAUCAUAGACUGGUCCGGGAGCGCUAGCAAGGCUGGCGAACUGUCUGUUCUGGAUGGCUGGUUGGAGACCAAGCCGUCUCUCCUGUUUACUUGGUCAUGUGGGGAUGGUUGGCUGAGUGACUAAGGAACAAGGGGAUUCAGUUAAGUAUCUGAUCGAACUGGCUGGAUAAGACGGAUGGGAGGCAGGAUGACAUCAAGGAAGGAUGUAUGGAUGGAUUAUCAGAUAACAAAGCAUGGGGCAGUAAGGUACAUGUUUUAUUAUGCUAUGAUUACUAGUAGACUGCUAAGUUGUCGGAUUAGACUUAGGGAACCCUGUGUACUGAACUGAACCUCAUAGAGGAAAACUGGAUAAAAAUCUAAGUUAAGAGAAUAAUUCGGAUAUGGCCAGUUUGGUCGAGGGAAGCGAACUGAGGACGAACUGCCGGUAAGGGAAACCGGGUCGGAGCUUCACAAAGAGCCCCCCGCAAGGAAUAGCAUUUCGUAUCGUACUUGUUGGACGUUGCAUACUGCUUUAAAAAAAAGCUCUUCAUGAUGACGAAUAUGAAGAGCUGAAGGAGUUAAAGUUGGGAGUUUUCAUCAAGGUCCAAGAGCUGGGAUUUGAUUGGGCUUCAAGACUGGUUCACUACAUGCUCGGUUUCCAGCUGGUAUAAAGAAGAAGUAUGAGCUGUGGAGUCUCGUUGGUCCACAACCUACGAUGUUGUCACUGUUAGAGUUUGAAAACCUCACUAGUCUAAACUGCAAGUACAUUGAGGACCUUGAGAGACCUCACUAUGUUGUUACAAAGGAGUUGACUUCUUUAUGGGGGAUGUUGGGAGUUCGUGUCGAAGCUGGGCCAUCUACUCAGGAGAUAAUAGCAGCAUUUGAGAGAUGCGAAGGGUGGUCUUGGGAUGAUCGCAAGCGGCUCGCGUACCUUGCCAUCUUCACUGGAUACAUUGAAGGGAAAAAGUAUUUAACCCCUACACGGGUUAGUCUGGCAAGGCUAGUGAUGGAGCUAUAACGGUUUGAGAAUUAUCCAUGGGGGAGAGUCGCGUUUAAGGUGCUGAUGGACUCUGUGAAGGGCAAAGAUAUUUUGGGUUGUUACACAAUUAAUGGGUUUGCGCAAGCUCUCCAGGUCUAGGUGUACACAGCUCUGCCGGAAUUGGGUGCUAAUUAUGGCAAUUCUCUCCCAAACAAUCCGUCUCCACCGAUACUGGCUUACAAGGGUCGCAAAGGACGCAGAUUCUUUAAAGAGGUAUAUCCUCAGUCAGGUAUUUACUUCAAUCUGGACGACUUCGCAGAAAACUUAUAAUUAAGUCGUCUGAUAAGUCUUCCAACUGGACGACUUAGUAGAAGACUUAUAAUUAAGUCGUCUGGAAAGUCUUCCAGCUGGAUGACUUAGUAGAAGACUUAUAA